AUGUUUCAGUUGCCGUUAAACUCCGUCACGGCAUUCGCGGUGAAGCCGUCACCGUUGGUGGCUUUCGUAACGGUAAUCGUCAUCGGCGUCGUGGGGUUUUAUUCUCUGCAUUUCUCUUUCCGUUCGGCCGCUCCUCUUGACGCCUUGCACUCUCAUCACAUAUUUCUCUCGUCCUCUUCCAACGUCACUAUCUCGAACUACUUGCACGCGCUCACCGUGCACCCUCACCUCGCCGGAACAAAACCGGCGUCUCUAACAGCGCGCUACGUGCUCAACCACUUCACCGGUCUCGGAUUCCGAACCAGGACGAGUAGGCACCCCGCACUGUUAUCGUACCCAGUGCGGUCCUCGCUCGCGGCGCAUUUUAGCGACGGGACGAAUGUGGAGUUUCGGUUGAGGGAGGGAGAGGAGGAGGGAGAGGAGGAGGGGGAGGUGGUGGCACCAUACCAUGCGUACUCACCGUCGGGGAAGGUAUGGGCGGCGGCGGUGUUUGUGAACUACGGCCGGGAGGAGGACUUCAGGUUGCUGGCGGCGGCGGGAGUGCAGGUGGCAGGGUGCGUGGCGAUGGCUAGGAGUGGCGGUGGGGUGGGGCGGGGGACGGUGGUGGAGGCAGCGGAGAGGCAUGGGGCAGCGGCGGUGAUGGUGUUCGGGGAGGGGGACACGUGGAGCAAGGGGUUUGAGAGGGGACACGUGAUGAGAGGGGGGAUAGGGGACCCACUGAGUCCAGGGUGGGGUGGGGUGGAUGGCGGCGAGAGUUUGGGUUUGGACGAUAGUGAGGUUUUGAAAAGGUUUCCCAAAAUUCCAUCCAUGCCCUUGUCUGCUGAGGCUGCCGAGAGGAUCUUGGCCUCGCUUGGUGGACCUCCUCUGCCCUUGGAUUGGAGGGGUACCCUAAAGUCCUCCAAUGUUAGGAAUGUUGGUCCUGGCCCCACAAUCCUCAACUUCACUUAUCAGGGAGAAAUGAAGGUGGCUACCAUUGAAAACGUCUUUGGCAUUAUCAAGGGACGGGAAGAAUCUGAUCGAUAUGUUCUGCUUGGGAACCAUAGAGAUGCAUGGACAUAUGGUGCUGUUGACCCCAACAGUGGGACAGCUGCCCUACUUGACAUUGCUCGUAGAUAUUCUAUUCUAUUACGUUUGGGGUGGACUCCACGGAGGACCAUCAUUCUAUGCAGUUGGGAUGCAGAGGAAUUUGGAAUGAUAGGAUCCACUGAGUGGGUUGAACAAAACCUUCUUAAUCUUCGUUCCAAAGCUGUAGCAUACCUUAAUGUAGACUGUGCUGUUCAAGGGCCUGGUUUCUUUGCUGGCUCAACUCCUCAACUAGACGAUCUCCUUCUCGAUGUCAUAAAAAGGGUCAAGGAUCCUGACUCUGAGGGUACAACGAUAUAUCAGAAUUGGGCUGCUGGUGGUGGAAGAUCUAAUAUUCAGAGGCUCGGUAGAGUUGAUUCUGAUUUUGCUCCAUUUGUGCUACAUGCAGGGAUUCCAUCUAUUGAUGUAUACUAUGGAAGAGAUUAUCCUGUCUAUCACACAGCUUUCGACUCCUAUAACUGGAUGACAGAGUAUGGAGAUCCAUUCUUUCAGCGCCAUGUGGCUGUUACUGGAAUUUGGGGGCUUCUAGCCCUUCGCCUUGCUGAUGAUUCCAUUAUACCUUUCAAUUAUCUGUCUUAUGUGGAUCAGUUACAGGUGUAUAAUAACACAUUGAGCAACUUGGUAGACAAGCGGGUUUCUCUACAUCCACUAACUACAUCGAUUCAAGAAUUUGCUUCUGCUGCCAAAGAAGCCAACAAUGAAUCAAAGAAACUGAGAUUGCUAGAAAAUUCAGAUCAUUUUGUUGAUAUGAAAAUGCGAGCAUUGAAUGAUAGACUAAUGCUUACGGAAAAAGGGUUCUUGGAUGUUGACGGGCUUAUACUUUCCCUCUUUGAGAUAAAUGCUCUUAUUGUGGCAGUUGUUUUUGGGCCUCCUAGGGACCAAGAAAGCAAGUUGGAAUUCUUCCCUGGAAUUGCUGACUCAAUGUCUGGGAUGGUUAAAAUGAGUGAGAAAGAAAGGGUGGCGGCAAUUCAGCAUGAGAUUUGGAGGGUUUCCAGGGCCAUUCAAAGAGCUGCUUCAGCACUAAGAGGAGAUUUGACCUAA